AUGACAGCAUUUAAUAAAAAGAUUAAAUCGGUUCUUAUUGAACAGUUAAAAGGUGCCGGAUAUCCUCAACCUAAUGAAGUUGAUAUGUUUUAUAGUUUUGAAACUAAUUCAAUAGAAUUUCGUGUUAAUUCAAAUUCAAAAGCUGGUUUCAUAUUUGAUUUAAAAGAUGGUGCUGUCGGUGAUGAGAUUGAAAAUGUAUACACGAAUAAAAAUUUUCAAGAGAUUACAGGAAUUAAUAAUGAUGAAUGCUUUUAUCGAUUUGCUCAGUUCGGAGCAGAACAGAUAACAUUAAAUGACCUCCUGGAGUACUUACCAAAAUCAAUUUCCAUUAAAAAUGAUGAUUAUUUAUUAACAUCAAUUUCAUUUAAUGGUGUUUGGUCCAGAGAAGCGGCAAUCAUUAAAUCAAGUAUAAGUGAAUUCGCUGAAGAUUCUAUUUUAUGUUUAUCAAACUGUUUAUAUUCUCCGCCGAAGCAUUAUUCAAUAACUAAUUAUGUUAAUAAAUUUAAUAUAAAAUUAGUUGAACCAUCGAGCCUAAAAGAUAUUGUCCUUCCUGAUGACAGAAAAGAUAGUAUUAUUAUCGAACUCAUAUUAAUCGCUUAUUAA